GCCUAGCAACAUGUUUCAUAAACAAACAAAAUUUUUAAAAUGCAUAAAUCGAUAUUGCCCGGUAUGCACAGCCACGAAAACAAGGAUAUGUUGGAUUAAUUUCAGUGAUGUCGAAAGAAAAUAAUAACUUACGAUUAUUAGGUUCGCCUGUUAAUCUUUCCUAUAGAAGUAAGAAGAGGGAAGACAAAAGAAAUAACAGAAACCGACCGCGAUCAGCGUUACAGAAUUCUUCGGCACCGGAUUAUCAAGAGAGAUAUAAAAGACCUUUCUCUGCAGAUACUAAGGAUAGAGCACCUUCUACCAGAUCAUUUUUCAAAGUAUUUAGUGCAGAACUUUUACAAUCAUAUAACAACUCUCCUCUAACAGUGAAAGUUUUACCACCCACAGAAGAGUUACUCGGCAGUUCAAAAAACUUUGAAAAGCAAAUUACAAAAAAGGACAAAGAUAUUUGCAGCAAUGCUUCAGAUUACGGUUCUGAAGACACAUUCAUUAGCUUAGGAACUAAGAUAAAAGCCAAAGCUCAAUUGGGACCAAAAAACAGAAAUAAUAAUUCUAAAAAUGCUCUAAAAUAUAAGAACAAUACAAAGAAAAAUCGUAAAGCAAUGGAUGCUAGUGCAAAUUCUAGGGUUUCUCCUAGCGAUAACUAUGGCCUGGAAGUCACUAUUACAGAGAGACCAAGAUCAACGUCACCCACUAGGUACAAGGAUAUGUUUGAAAUGAGAUCUUUGUCACCUACCUUUAGAAAUAGACCUUAUGAGUCUUACUUUCUACCAUUAGAUAGUAAUAAAAGACCUUGUGAGGGCAACUUAGAAGAAAUUGAUCCUGCAUUUAAUGGUCCUUCUACAAAUGAAGUAGAAAAUUAUUCUCGCCGUCUCUUGCAAACAAGACAACAAUUGUCUUUAGUGGAAGAAGAAUCCACACAAGAUUUAGAUAGUAAUAUUUCUCAACAUAUGCUUAGCCUGCCUCAGGAUGAUGUUAGACAGGAGCGUAAUAAGGAAAAUGAUGUUGAUAGAAAUUUCACUAAAAACUAUUUAGGACAUUCUAGUACUCACAAGGUUGAAGAAACUCAACAACUUGUGAACGGAUCGUACACAUAUAGGACAUUUUUAAAUGAUUUUCACCCAAAUGUCAUGGACAAAGUCAAGACAACAAGCACAAUGAUCCCAACAGAUGCAUCUUCAAAAGACUCUGGGUAUCCAGAUAGCGGAACAAAGGAUGACAAACCAUAUAACAUACAGAAUUAUUCCCUUCCAUCAACAUCAUUUAACGUUAACUCUAAUGGAAAUGGACAUCAACCAAAGAGUUUUGAUAGUACAUCCUCUUCGAAAGAUUCAAAUUAUAAAGAGAAUUCAAAUGACAAGAAUAAAAUAGAGCCUUUAAAUCACAGUAGACUGCUAUAUAAGGAUUUUUUUCUCAAGAAAGAAGGUCAUGUAGCACUACCACCGCAAAAUACACCAAAAAAGGAUGAUAAUACCCCGGAAUCGAGUGAACCAACAAGCUCAAAAAUAGAUGAGGAAAACACGAAUUUAGACUAUCCACCGUACCUUUUGAACAGUACGACAAAAGCAUAUACUUCAAAAGUUAUUGAAGAUUACAAAAAGGAAUUAGCUGCUAUUAAUACGUUGCAUGAACUUACUCUAAAAGAUAUUAAGACGGAUGCAGUAUCACCUACUCCCCUUAAUAUUAACGAAAUGUUUGAACAGUUCUCCACUAACAUGUCACAUAACAGGCGAGAUGACUGUGGUAACUCCAGCUCUAAUACUAAUGACGAUUCACAAUCAAAAGACAAAAACUCAUUUGAUCAAAAACAAGAAGAUAUAUCAAAAGUAACAACAAAAGAAUUGAUUCAGAAUUAUUUUAAAGUUAAAGGAGAUUACAAGCCAGAAAACAUGCCGAAGAAUAUAAAAAAAUUUGAUAAAAAAUUAAAUAACAUGCUAUCUAAAAAUGAAGAGAAUUCUGGUUACAAAAGAUUCUGGAAUAACAAAAACGCGAAAAACAAUACUGAUAAAACUGCUUCUGUCACAAAAAAUCCCGGUCAAAGGAAUUUAUUCACAAUGAAAACUCCGUUAAGUGCAAGAACGGAUAACAUUCAAACGGAUAAAGACAUAGAAUCUUGGAUGUCCAUGUCAGCUCCUUCGCCUAGAAUACUCGAAAUUGAUACCGAAGUAACAUCUAUUGCUACUGCUCCAGAUCAACCUCCAAGUGGAGCUAAAAGUCCAGAAAAAAAUGAAAUAGCCCCAUCAGCGAGCCAAACACAAACAAACAAUGAUAAAGAUAUUCAAAAAUCAAAGGAUCUGAGUUCAAACUCUACAGUGAUGGAUAUUUAUUCAAUGUUAAAAGAGAUUGAGAGUUACGGAGACAACCCAGUCACUUCAGUUGCACAAUGUCAAAUGCCUCAAACACAAGUAAAGGAGGAAGAAAGAUCUCACACACCGAAAGAUAACUUUAUGGAGAUAUUUGAAUUUUUGGAAAAAGUUGAGCAGAGCGCUUCUGAGGCUCUGUCAGUUGUUACUACUACAACGCCUCAAAACAUUCCAAAACUUGAAGCACUCCUAAAACUUCCUCAAACGGAACUAGCCCAGCGUCUGGUCACAGCUUCAUUGCAGUUGGAGGAAAGAUCAUGUUGCAUCGCUCUAUUGCAAGAGAGUCUUGCAAAUCACAAAGAACAGAUGAUAGGCAAAGUCAGCAACCUGGAGAAGCAGUCGCAUCGUAACAUCGCGAAAGUGAAGCAGGAGUGUGAAGAGACAAUCAAGAGGCAUCAGAAUUUCAUCGAUCAGCUGAUAAACGACAAGAAAACGCUGAACCAUCGUAUAGAAGAGUUGGUGGAUGAGAGACGGUCGCUCGAGGAGAGAUGGAAGCGAUCGGCUCAAGCCCUGGAAGAGAGAUACAAGUUGGAGUUGAGGAAUCAACACGACAAGAUGGCCGCCGCCCAACAGGUGGCCAGACAGCGCUGGGUGCGACAGAAGGCUGAGAAGAUUAAGGAAUUAACGGUGAAAGGUCUAGAAGGGGAACUUCGUGAAAUGGCGGAGAGGCAACAGAAGGAGAUAUCGGAUUUGAAGAUGUUCCACGCUGAGCAAAUUGGCAAGUUGAACGCGAAGCGUGCGAGCGAGAUGGAAGAUCUGAGACGCACGCUCGAGACAGAGAAGGAAGAGGCUCUGGUUAAAGAGAGGCAGUUGGCCAGCUCUAGACUUGAAAAACAAAUACUGGAACUGGAGGUAUCCUACCAAGAGCAGCGGACACGACUCAUUGCGGAGAUGAGGGCAGAAAACGAGAGAGUUGCACAGGAGUUGAGUGAAAGAGAGAGAACGCAGAGGGAAGAGUUCGAAAAAUGGCGGACAGAGCAAGAGCGUUUAUUAGAGAAGAAAAGAGAAAAUGUCGAAGCGGAGAUAACGAAAGAGAAGGAAAUAUUACAGGAACGAAUGAAUCAAAAGCGCAUUGAAUUAGAAGAAGAAUUCGAAAAGUACAAAAGGGAACACGAAGCGGAACAACAGAUUGCACUGAAGAGGAAAGUGACGGAGAUAUCGGCGCAGCAUAAGCUAGAAAGAGAUAGAGAAAUAGAGAAGGCCAUAGAGAGUAUGGAAGCAGAGGCGCAAGCCGGGAGGAAGGAGUUGCAAGAUGCUUUGAGAAGAAAUAAGGAGCACUACGAGACUGAAUUAAAGGAAUUAGCGGAAACGGAACAAGCCACGCUGAAGCGGUACCAAGACGCGCAGGCAAGGAUACGCCAGCAGGAUGACAAAUGUGCAGAGUUAGAGGUGGCCAUAAGUCAAUUAGAAACAAGAAACAGAGUAUUGACAGAGAACAAUAUUCAACUAGAGGGUCGCGCUGAAGAAAUUAAAUCGAGCUGCGAACAAACAUGGCGGACGAAAGUGGAGAGCCUGCAGAAGGAAAUGGAAGAGUUGAGAAAGACUCACGAAGAGCAGAUGCACCAGUUGUAUGCGAAAGUUAAAGUAGCAGUAGCACGCAAGGACUCGGCGAUACAAGCGCUGACCCGGGAGAACGGGAAGUAUCAAGAGAAAGUUACUCUUUUGGAGCAAAAACUGCAGCAACAGAGGAAGGACUUUUUGAAGUCGAAAUAGAUGUGUAUGUUUCGAAAUAUUAUGGGCUCGAAUGAUUCUCAUUUGUAGAAGUUGAAAAUCUGAAGUUCCUAAUCUAAUAAAAUUAACACGAUUUAAAUUCAAUACUAAAGUAAAAGUACAGUGAAUAAUGUAUAAUGUACUGAGAUUCUAUCUUAGCGUUUAAUUGAUAUGGUUACUAACAAAUUUCAGCUAGUCAUUUCAAAAGAAUCUAAUCUAAGUUUUACAUAAAGCUUAACUUUACAUAAAAUUUUGAGUAUAAUUUUAGUGAGCCGAAAAACACCGAGACAGAUGAUUAUGUGUUUGCUCCUAAAGCAAUUGGUUUGGUCUUUCAUUGUUAAUAUUUUAUUUUAUAUAAAUAAUCCUUUGAUCACAUUAUUCAAUACAUAAUGCAAUGGCUUACAAAAACUUACGUCUAAGCGCCAAAAAAAUGCAUUGUUUUCAAAAUCUAAUUCUAAAUAAAAUU